AUGCGCAGUAUUUUUUACGUUGCUCUUGCCGUUGCAGUCUCAGCUCGCAGUAGCGUCGUCGCAGCGUUCCCAGAUCCCAAUGAGUCUCAGCUCUUGUCGAAGGCGUCUCCUGACAAAAGAUUCCUUCGUAUCGCAGGCCAAGAAGUUGUCCAGAGCCGUCCGCUGGACGGAAAUGGUGGCGUCUGGAAAUCCAUAGUCCAGACUACGAACAAAGUCGCCAAGAACCCGGAGAUAGACCUUAGCGACCUCGUCAAGGUGGCCAAGAAGGCGAAAGACUUGAAGAAGAUUAAAAACUUGAUUAGCCGUAAGAAAACAUCUUCGUAA